AUGGGUCAGUUACGUUUCAUCGUUCGAAGUGUCAGUGGUGAAGUGAAAUCUCGCUCUAAUGGAUUUAUUGGCGAUGGCGAUUAUCCUGGUUGGUUUAGCCAACGUUAUUGCAACACCGUGCUGUGAGCAUGGCCAUAAGAAUUGUACACGUAAAUUAAGACAAGAUUCACCACCAAAACUGGAUCACAUUCCUAAUAACGGAUCCAGUACACAGUUAACAACAUUUAAAAAGAGUACAUUAAAACCGAUGGCAGAAGAUAAAUUAAAGAAGGAAACCGCGACAGAAGGAAGAACGAGGAAGAAAUUAAAGAAGUUAAAGGAUAAUAGAGAAGAUUGGGAAGAGUUAGUUAUUGGGCAAGAAGACGCGGAGGUAUUGGAUGGAGCUAUGGACAGAGAGGAUCAUGCGACGCAUUAUUUGACGGAGUUAUUACCAAUUCAUAUAGACGAAGAGAACGAGAGGAUGGAAGACAUACUACAGUUUUGAUGAAGAUUCAAAAGAGAAAAAAAUUAGAUACUUUCUAUAAAAAAAAAUCGAUUACAUAUAAAAAAAUCAUACUAUAGAUAGAAAACAUUCUUUAGGUUUCGUAAAAUGUACUUUACUAAUUUUAAAUAAAUAUACCAAAUCAGUCGAGGGAAAACAUUUCUAAAAAAUUAAAAAGUAAAAUGAAAUUAAAUCCUAUGAUUUUUUAGUUAAAUAUAAAUCUACUUUUCGCGUACUAAAAGUUUAGUUUUGAAUAAUUAGUUUUUAGUAAAUGAGUUAACUUUAGUUGACAGUAUCAAGUUGGAAGUUUACGGGUUUUAUGUUCGAUUUAUUUUUAAGUUAUUAUGUUAAUAAAAAAUAAAUUCCAGCUUGAUACCUUCACGCGUU